AUGCACGUCAGCGGCGAUGACCGCGGCGCCGCGCGUUCGCCGCUGGACAGGCCGCAGACAGGGCACCUACACGGCGCGGUGCGCGAUAUCGUCCUGGAAUUCGUCAGUGCCACUGACCAGUGUACCGUGGAAGCGCUCUGCAAGCAUCUGGGAGUAGACAGGCCGGAUGGAGUUUUUCGCCCAUCGCCUGGAGACCAAGCGUCCGCAUCAUCAGCAGCUCUGGAGGCUCUCCUGGUCACGCGGGAGCUCGAUGCGCUCCCCGACGGGGAUCCCUGGCCUGCCUUGAGGCACCGGAUCCAUGCCCUGACCUCCGCGGCUGCCGCCCUGGACAAGCAUCUGGCCGAGGUAACCCAAUCGCGCCACAGGGACCUGAUGGAGGCCUGCGUACGCGCCACGCAAGCCGAGGCGAUGCGGAACAUAUGCGAGUCCUACGUGCCGCGUCUGCGGGAAUCGUUCGACGCCUACUCCCGCUCAAGCCUGCGCAACGCGGCCUCACUGUCACGCACCGCGUCGCAUUUGGCGAAGGUCCGACGAUGCCAUGCGAUGCUCCUACAGGUGAGGGGGGUCGGGCUAUAUCGCGAUAUCGUGAGUUGCCACGGGGCAUGCAUCCGGCACCGCAUCCUGGCGGCGGCGGUGGCGGUGGACACCAUCGACAGACUGCGGACCAGCAACCCCGAAACUGCACGGCUCGUGCUGCUACGGUCGUCUACGGACUAUUUUACGAGCCGUCUGCAGAGUUUGGUGAGGAACUGUGCCUGGAAGGUGGAGUCGGGCCUGGAUUUCCACUCGAGCUUACGGCUGUUCCACCUGCUAGGGCUCGACACCGAGACGGCGGCCGCCCGCGUAUUGGCGGGGCAUCGCAGGCAGAUUUUCGGCAUCGCACUCAUCACCAUGCAGCGCUAUCUCAACUCCGACGCCGCGUCUCCCGAGCCGUGGGCGGGUCGCGGUGCCGAAGCCGGGUUCACGUCGCCUGGGGGCGCAACAGCUCCCAGUUGCUCCGUGUCCCACCUGGCUCACUGCGCACGGAAGCUGGGGCCAAACAUGAUCCUGCUGAUGGUGUGCAAGGUGCUUGGCGAGUUUACCACGUUCUUCGAAUCUGCCGCGGCGUCGCUGGAUCACCAGUCGGCGCAGGACGGUGCGAUCCCGAAGCCAUUCAGUGCCAUGCUGGAGCCCAUAUACGGCUACAUCUCCGAGCUCGAUGAAAAUGGCGUCGCCAGCUAUCGUGAACGCGUGCUUGCGCACAUCCGUCGCGACUUCGCCUCUCUUCCCGCCUACGCCUGCAGCCUGCUGGUCGCCAUCAUCAACGAAUUUAAUAUCGCAGCUGCGAGGGACCGCAGCGACUAUUUGAAAGUGGCGCUACUGCUGCGCUUCUUCGUGACGGCGCAUACGGAAUGCAUUGCGCCGGCCGGCGGUUCGCUGGGUGCGGCCGAGGAGUCUGACAACUCCGAGUCGACGUGUGCAGUGGAGGACGAUGUUGCCACCGUUGCGGCCACCUCACCGCCGGAAAUGGGCGGCGUACGCGAGGUAUUGCGCGUCCACGGGCAGUCCGCUCUGGAGGCGGUGCCGAAGGACGAAUUCAGCUGCAGCAGCAGGGACGCGCUGGGGUACCUGGAGGCCUUGGAGGAUGCCAUCCACGACCGCAUCCUGACGCCGUACGUGGAGCACUUCUACAGCGCCACGAUGGAAAAGCUCAGGAUGUGCGUGUCGGGAGACUCGCUGCAAAGGCUCAUGUCGCCAGCUACUGACGCCGGUGAGCGGUACGAUGUCUUCGCGCUGCACUACAUGCUCACCAAACGUGUGCGGCAGUCCUCGCGGCACACUGCCGGGAUACGGCUAUGCCCGCUGAACCCUUACAACGGCUGGACGCCCAGCAGCGCCUUCCUGGGUGUGAACAUAACGUCUUGGCAGUCGGGGACCGCGCACCCCGCCACCACCGGGUGGUCACAUCGCAGGGGCGGGUCGGAAAGCGUCGGCGGCGAUGCGGAAUCGUCAUCUACAUCGGCAAACACGCGUCACAACACUUCCGAGCGUUAUGAGGAUUCCAAGGGCCGCGUAUCCAAUCGUCACCCGCAGCCACCAGCAGGUCUGCACGGUAAGUUCGACACCAGCAAUGUCGGCGGAGGGAAUUUCGAACGUCGCAAUCGCGCGUCGGCUGGGAGCGUAGGCGCAUCAGAUACACGUACACGCGAGAAUAUUAAGAGGCUGGAAUGCGCCUACGUUCCAACGGAAAGCGCUGCUCAAUGCCCCCCGUCCACAACGGCAAGCCAUGCGUUGCGCCACUCGACCCAGCAUCCGGACCAUGCUCACGGCGCCUCAUCGGCGGAUGCAAAGAAACCGUUGCGUUCACCAGCAUCGCACGAGUCUGUUUCUUCGAUGGAUAAUCCCCAGUCAGAUCGGGAUCAGGGCCACGUUCGGAGUGAGGACGAGCUGGCAGCCGUUUACCGAGACUUCGGCUGCGUGUUCACGGCGUCGUCAUUUACUCUGUGGUCGCAACUGCCGGAGCUGCAUCGGGUCCUCGCUCUGCAACCGUUGCGCGCGCACGCACACCUGCAGCGGCUGCUGUCGGCAUUCGACUGGCUGCUGCUGCAGAGCAUCCGCAGCUGCGGCGUCCCCCAGGACCAGCGCAGCAUGCCGAAGCUAGGCGCCUUCGUAUUGCACCACCAGCACAUCGAGACCGUCGAUGGCUCGCCAAGCGACGGCGCGAGCUCUAUUUCCAUCUUGGCGCGCCGUGUGAACGCCGUGGAAUCGGUGGCCACCCUGCUGGAGCUGCUGCACAGAAAGGUCGACGUGACCCUCGUGCGCUGCGCCGAGGUAGCCGAUGCGCACUACACGAGCCGCUUUGGCGUGGUCGCGGAGCUUCGCGCGUACGUCUACCCGCUGUGCAUGCUCUCGCUGCUCAACAAGAAGAUUCCCACCGAGGGCAUCCUGCAGGCGCUGCACAGCAGGCACGUUGGCUACACGCGGCAGAGCAGUGAGAUUUCGGAGCUCUACGCCGCGUUCGUGAACCACAUUCGACAGAUUUGGGAGUUCGUGGAGGCCGCGGACGGAGGUUCGAUUCCGCUACCGGUGAAGGCUCUGCUGUGGCGCUACGCGUGUAUCGUGGUGAGGGGCGCUCUGCGGCCGGUUGUUGAGGUCUUAAAGCGUCUUCAAGUGCACUACGAGGUGGCCACGGCCGCCAACGGCGGCUGCAAGUGGGCGCAGGAAAUCUGUAACGAGAUGUACACCGCGUACCGCGCCGACGCACUUGCAGCGGCCGCCCGUGAGCAGACACAGGUCACACAUCUGGCUGCAUACGUGCACUUGUUAGCCGAUAUGCGCGAAAACUGGGAGUAA